AUGAGCGAGACCGGCGAAAUUGACGAGCUCAUGUUCCAGGCCCAUUUGCUGAUUCACGUAUCAACUAUCGGUGUCCACCGUCCGUUAUCCGCCCUCAAAUUUAACGCUGUCGAGAAUGUAUCAAGCUGCGCCCGUGAGCCACCCCUUGACACACCCACACCAGAUCUAGUUAACGUACACACCCUCCGAGUGUUACGGGCCAUAGAAGCCCAAAUCCGCCUCUUAGCCUUACCAGUUCGACAAUUUCACCACACGCCCUUCACUACCUGCAUGGUGAGCGAAGGGAUGCUAGCGCUGCUCUCAGCGUGCAGUGCCAUCCUCAAAGAGAGGGAUCUAGCCACCGCAAGAGAUCAGAUUCGGAUGACGCUCGGAUGUCUCAAGGUGCUGGGGGAAGUGUGGCCAAGAACAGCGAGAAAUGUGCGUGAGAUACAGACGAUUGCUCAAUGUGUGCUGGGGCUUGGGUGUGUAGCAACUGGUGGCAGUACUCCUAAACCUAGUGAACACCCGUCUUUGGGUGGAGAAGGAGCAUGUCUCGACUUCAGUACCAGCGGGUUACCGGGAAGCAACAUUGAUAUGAUUGCGUCCAUUGGGUCCAUCGAGGAUCUGUGUGGUUGGUAUAAUCCUGGAAAUCUGGAUGAUAUUCCGUGGGGGGUGAGCGAUGGAUUAUAA